GCCCCCCGCGUCUGGAUGCACUUAGACCCGGGUCACCUGUUCGCCUGCCUUCAGGGGACUCUGCCCUGCUGGUAUCAGCACCUUACUUCCACCACUCCAGCCGUGUCCGGAGAGGAGGCAUCUCCAUAUACUUUACUUGAUAUCUGCUUGAAUUUUCUGACUGCUGACCUAGAAAAGUUUUGUACAGAAAGGCAAGAUGGAACACUGUGCUUGCAGGAGCCUGGAAUAUUUCCACAAGAAGUCGCUGAUCGACUGCUGCAGACUAUGGCAUUUCAUGGGCUGCUAAAUGAUGGAACUGUGGGCAUCUUCCGAGGCAACCAGAUGCGUUUGAAACGAGCUUGUAUCCGCAAAGCAAAAAUCUCUGCAGUGGCUUUCCGGAAAGCAUUUUGCCAUCACAAGCUGGUAGAACUUGAUGCUACGGGGGUGAAUGCAGAUAUUACAAUCACAGACAUCAUAAGUGGACUUGGCAGCAAUAAAUGGAUCCAACAAAACCUUCAAUGCCUUGUGCUGAACUCAUUAACUCUCUCCUUGGAAGACCCAUAUGAAAGAUGCUUCAGUCAGUUGUCUGGUCUUCGUGCUUUGAGCAUUACCAAUGUUCUGUUCUACAAUGAAGACUUAGCAGAUGUUGCAUCACUUCCAAGGUUAGAAAGUCUAGAUAUAUCCAAUACCUCUGUCACUGACAUAACUGCACUCCUCACCUGCAAGGAGCAACUUAAGUCUCUGACCAUGCACCACCUGAAAUGCUUGAAAAUGACGACUACACAGAUUUUGGAUGUUCUAAGAGAACUAAAAUAUCUGAAUCAUCUUGAUAUUUCAGAUGAUAAACAAUUCACAUCAGAUAUAGCACUUCGUUUACUAGAACAGAAAGAUAUCCUACCUAACCUUGUGUCGUUGGACAUUUCCGGAAGAAAGCAUGUUACAGAUGAAGCUGUAGAAGCAUUUAUUCAACAACGACCAACAAUGCAGUUUGUGGGACUGUUAGCUACUGAUGCUGGCUACUCAGAAUUCCUUACAGGAGAAGGAAACUUAAAGGUGUCUGGAGAAGCAAAUGAAACUCAGAUUUCUGAAGCACUGAAACGGUACAGUGAGCGGGCAUUCUUUGUGAGGGAAGCACUCUUUCAUCUAUUCAGCCUUACACACAUUAUGGAAAAAACAAAGCCUGAAAUUUUAAAGCUUGUGGUUAUUGGAAUGCGAAAUCACCCUCUGAACUUGCCUGUGCAGUUAGCAGCAAGUGCAUGUGUGUUUAACUUAACCAAGCAAGAUUUAGCAGCAGGCAUGCCUGUUCGACUACUGGCUGAUGUCACUCACUUACUCCUUAAGGCCAUGGAACAUUUUCCCAACCAUCAACAGCUGCAGAAGAACUGCCUUCUUUCACUAUGCAGUGACAGGAUCCUUCAGGAUGUUCCAUUUAACAGAUUUGAAGCAGCCAAGCUUGUUAUGCAGUGGCUAUGUAACCAUGAAGAUCAAAAUAUGCAGAGGAUGGCAGUGGCUAUAAUCUCCAUUCUAGCUGCAAAGCUUUCAACUGAGCAAACAGCUCAACUUGGUGCAGAGCUCUUCAUUGUUAGGCAACUUCUACAAAUAGUUAAGCAGAAAACAAAUCAGAAUCUAGUGGAUACUACACUCAAGUUUACACUGAGUGCGCUUUGGAAUCUCACUGAUGAAUCUCCAACCACAUGUAGGCACUUUAUAGAAAAUCAAGGUCUAGAACUCUUCAUGAGAGUCUUAGAGUCUUUCCCAUCUGAGUCGUCUAUCCAACAGAAAGUUCUUGGCCUUCUGAACAACAUAGCAGAAGUGAAAGAGCUACAUUCUGAGCUAAUGUGGAAGGACUUCAUAGACCACAUCAGUAAACUACUGCACAGUGUUGAAGUAGAAGUCAGUUACUUUGCAGCUGGGAUUAUUGCUCAUUUGAUAUCUCGAGGAGAGCAGGCCUGGACAUUGAGUCACACUCAGAGGACAUCUCUUCUUGAACAACUGCACUCAGCCAUUUUGAAUUGGCCAACGCCAGAAUGUGAGAUGGUUGCCUACAGGUCUUUCAACCCUUUUUUCCCCCUGCUUGGCUGCUUCAUGACACCUGGGGUUCAGCUGUGGGCAGUGUGGGCCAUGCAGCAUGUCUGCAGCAAAAACCCUGCCAGGUAUUGCAACAUGUUAAUUGAAGAAGGUGGAUUGCAGCACUUAUACAACAUCAAGGAAAAUGGCCAAACUGAUCCAGAUGUCCAGCGAAUUGCAAUUGCCAUUCUAGAUAGCUUAGAAAAACAUAUUGUACGUCAUGGGAGACCACCUCCAUGUAAAAAGCAGCCACAAGCCAAACCAAACUGAAAGCUGCAGGUAUAAGUUUGUAAACCAUCCUCUAAUAAUCCUUUAUCACGUGUGUAGUUGGAGUUACUUGUACUACAGUGGUCACCAGUGAAGUUAUUUUGCUAACAAUUGUGGUACUGGAUACCACUUGUGGUAACUCUUGGGCAAAUGUCUACUUUAAUGACAACUUCUGAGGGGAUCUAUGAUCAAUGCUUGAUCUAGUCAUACCUGUAGGAUUACUGAUGACUACAGCAAGGUGGGACUUGAAUAGUCUGGAAUGCACAUCCAAAAACAAACCUCUAGGAAUAUCUUGUUUUGUGACUUAAUUGUGGGACAGAAAGCUUGUUUCAUCCCUGUCAUUGUUGAAUAUAGAACUGUUUACCAACUCGGUGUUUGGAUAGAACUGUCUGCAAGAAUGGUGAAUCUCACAAUCACAGCUUUAAACAAAAAUUCAUGCAUGCACUCACGUAACUAAGGUAACCAGAAUGUCCUGUUGUUUAUGGGCCCUCCAUAAGCCCAACUAAGUCUUCAGAACUCCUUGUCUUGGGACCUGCAAGCUGUGUCCUUUGUCUCUCCAGCACUAGAGACAAAGAGCUGUUGUCUUUUCCAGCUGUUGGCUUCCUAUGACUCAUCUAUGCUGCCUUGGCAAGGUUAGGAUUAGCACUGCUUUGGUCCAAAUGGGAAACACUGUAUUGGCUGCUCUGAAGGAAAGCAAUAUAGGUACAGGUGCAGUGGGGGACAGGGGAAAGCUUGAAAUACUAAGAGAAUAAACUGAGUUUGACUUUCAAAACUUAAAACUAAGGUUUUUUAAGGAAGUGGUAGGAGAAGGAGGGAGCUCCACAUCAGAGCUCAAAAUGUUAGUUGAAGUAGGACAGCCCUUCUCAUCACAUGGAGCUGCAUGUCUGACAGGAGAACCAGGAUAUUCGGUCAUCUUUUUAUAACUGAUUAUUGAUUGCUUUGCCAUUUCUUGUACAAACUUUGUCAGUAUUGUGCAGUGAUUUGUAUUCCAAAUGCAUUACAGUGCAAAAUAUCACCCAACAUCAUAUAUAAGGUCCUUUGUAAAUUGCAUUGUUGUGCAGUGUGAAAUUUUACAUAAAGCUGUCAAUGGUAAAAAGAUAUUUCUUCCCCUGUUAUUAAUGAGUUUAAAAGCUGUGUUGAAUGAAAUGGAGAUUCCACAACAUACAGAUGCUUGGUUUAAAUACAAGUGAUGGAAACAAGCUACAACAUGAGCUCAAAUUUCCUUCAUUUCAAAGCAUUGUUUACUAAUUCUCCUUGUACUGUCAAAUGGCCAUCUUCGCAUCUCCCUGCCAAACAAUGGAACAGGAUUCUACUAUUGUUGAACUUGCUGGCAUUUUAGUUUUAAUUCCUGAAGAGAGAAUCGCUGUACUGUUUACCUUGUGGGAAAGGGAUGGCUGACACAACACCUCUUUACUUCACUAUAAUAGAGUUAACACACCAUCUACAAUCUUGAAUAGUUUCAUUACAUUGUGUGUGUUAGAAAUAUUAACAAAGUGCUUUAGUAAUGUUGUUAUCACAUUGCAUCAUUCUUUGUUUUGUACUCAAGGUAUUAUGUGGGUAGCUUCAUUCCUCCACAUACAUCUGAAUGUAUGUAGUUUCCUUGACCCAAAAAGAAGUGAAAAUUGUCAGACAUAAAAUUAUGGGAUUUUUUUUUUUAAAGUUCUGAAGAACUGUGUUUUAUGGGCAGUUACUUUUACUUUUCAGACUAGAGAAGUCUUGACUACUACUGUGAAAAGUCCAUUGCACGAAAUGGAACACACAAUCUGCCAAUAUCAGAGUUUAUGGAAACUUUGUAUCCCUUGUUACUGAGAGGUUUUUAAAUGAACAUAUUAACCAUUUGGAAUACUGUUUUCCCCCAGUAAGAUGGCUAUUCUAAACACAUUAGAUUAAACUAUACAAAGUCUGCUAUGGUAUAUGACCCAAAAUGGAAACUGGGGCACCAGUCUGGCUAGCUGGGGCACCACUUCAUGAGAUUAUGGAACAAGCAUAGUGCAACCACGCAGAGUUGCCAGUAAUGCAGUCUUUCAUGGUCUUUACAAUAGCCCAUUCCAGGCUACUCUUCAGAAGUGUCUGAUGGUAUAUGGAUUGUGGAGGUGACUACAACACUAAGAUGUCUAUUUCACUUGUGAUAUUUGCCAUAUUAUGAAUGAAUGAUCUGUUAAUGCCUUUACUCUAACUUAAAUGUUUCUGUAAAUGUAUGAACUGCUGAGGUUACCUUGAUUGAAAUUAAAUGAGAUGACUUACAAGUAAGUCGUUCAAGCAGAUCUAAAGAAUAGUGAAACUGAGUUUUUGCCCAAAGACUGAUUGUGCAUGAGGAAGUGGCACCUUAUUCCAGUAUAGAUGUUUUAUCAGUUUAUAAACUACGUUCAUAAAACAAAACAAAAACUUGUUUUCCAAAAAAUACAUUCCUUCUAAUAGAGGAAUCAGUUCUGGUUUAGCUGGGGAGUAGAAUGCAAAGAGCUGUGUUUUAAAAAACAUCUUUAGCCAUCGCUAUGAUCAUUUCCAUGGCUUUUCCCUUGCUAUCAGUAUUUCAGCUGGGUUCAGUGUUUUGUGACAGUUCUGGGCUGUUAGGAUGGUAUACAAACAGAGGUAACCUUUUAAUUGCACAGCUUUCUCCCUGAAAGCUUUCUGAAGCAAUUUCAGAAUGUUACCUGGGCAACGCUUACCAACUACUAUAAUUUUCAAGAUUAAAUAUACUUAAACCGGAAAACUGUUCCAUGUGGGAAUGGUGUCAGAUCUGUCUUCAUUCAGAGUUGAGUCAUAUAGGAGAAGUUUCUUUAAUAUUCAUUGAAUGAAUGAUGUACAUUUAGUCAGGUUUCAGAGUGGUAGCCGCGUUAGUCUGUAUCAGCAAAAAGAACGAGGAGUACUUGUUGCACCUUAGAGACAAACAAAUUUAU